CGCUGACUCCUUCGAGCGCAGAGGGAAGGCAGUAGAUCAGUAGAUCAUGUGAUCUGUUUGCAUAUCAAGGUCGCCAUUUUGCAGGAAAGUUUGGGAAUUUCGGGCACACUAGAAGAAAGAGGAAGUGGUGCGCUAAAGAAGUUUGGAUUACGGACGUGUGCGGAUCCAAGACUCCAGUCAGGGGGGAACGGGAGAGAUGUAUGAACGGGAACCGUCUGCGUGUGAACUUUACCUGCACUUCAGCAGGGAUUAUUAGUACUUCUGCCUAUUCUACCACUUCCUUUGCAACAGAUCGGAAACAGUUUUCCCGAAUCUUUGUAAUGCACUUUGCUGCGAUUUGCUGAUUUACUCCAUUCAUUCGUUCUGCAGAAAGUUGGUCAAAGUUGAGAGUUGUUUGAAAGUGUCCACGGGGGUCCUGCCGCAUCUGACAGGGUUAUGAGUGAAGCGGUCACUAACAGUUUUAUUGGAUUGGAGGAUUGUUGAUAUCGAGCUUUCACAUGUCAGUCUGACCCGGUCAGCGAUCACCGGUGAUUGUUGAUCACAACGAAAUCGAAGUGACGCGACUGAAAGUGAAAGUGAUCAGUCAUUCAUUCCGAUGGUUUACAGCAGUCGCCCUUUAACAGUUGUGGGACUUUGAAUCUUUGAGUCUUGAUCAUGCCAGUGAGAAAGAAAGAUGCUCAGAGGGCACUGCAGCUUCUGGAGGAAUACCGAACGAAACUCAGUCAGACUGGAGACCCUCAUCUCAGACAUUCAAUUGAGAGAGUCAUAAAUAUAUUUCAGAGUACACUCUUCCAGUCCCUCAUAGAUAUCCAAGAAUUUUAUGAAGUGAGCCUCCAGGAUAAUGAGGAUAAGCCCAUAGAGCCGUCAAGCCUUAAAACCAGGGAACCUUUUCCUCCAGUUUAUGAAUGGAAUCUCACUGGCCCUCCCAGUACCAUUGGACCAACAGAAACUGUGCCCAGCGUCAAUGCCCAAAGCAAAGAGAAAUACAGAUACCAGGAUGAGGAUACCACGUCACCUCCAGAACACAGCUCUCCACACCUACCAGGGGAUGUGCGUCCUCCUGAGCUGGUGCAGGUGUCGGAGAAGAACAUCUCCCAGAUUGAGAAUGUACACGGCUAUGUUUCCCAUUCACACAUCUCUCCUAUGAAGCAGGCAGAUGUCAUUGCUCCCUCUGCUCCCAUAAUCCCUGUGAUCCCUAUCUCACCCGUCCCAGCCGAGACCACUUCCAUCCCUGCACCCACGUCACAGGCAAGCCCAGCACCAGUGGUGGUGAACACAGAAAGCCUUGACACCUCGCCCUAUGUAAGUCCAUAUGUGAAUGGAACAGAAGCUGAUUAUGAAUAUGAAGAAAUUACACUUGAACGGGGGAACUCGGGCCUGGGUUUCAGUAUUGCAGGCGGUACAGAUAACCCCCACAUCGGCGAAGACCCAAGCAUCUUUAUCACCAAGAUCAUCCCAGGAGGAGCAGCCGCACAGGAUGGCAGACUCGGAGUUAAUGACUGUAUACUGCGGGUAAAUGAUGUAGAUGUGAGAGACGUAACUCACAGCAACGCUGUGGAGGCACUAAAAGAGGCAGGCUGCAUUGUCAGACUGUACGUCAGAAGAAGAAAAGCCGUCACAGAAAAAAUAAUGGAUAUAAAGCUGGUAAAAGGUCCUAAAGGUUUAGGUUUCAGUAUAGCCGGAGGAGUUGGAAACCAACAUGUUCCUGGGGACAACAGUAUUUAUAUCACCAAAAUCAUUGAGGGAGGAGCGGCCCACAAAGAUGGACGGCUACAGAUUGGAGAUAAACUUCUGGCCGUGAAUGCUGUUUGCCUUGAAGAGGUCACUCAUGAAGAUGCCGUGGCUGCCUUGAAAAACACCCCUGAUGUCGUCUAUUUAAAAGUGGCGAAACCCACUAGUGUCUUUAUGAAUGAUAGUUACGUUCCUCCCGAUGUCACCAGCUCCUAUUCCCAGCACAUGGAGAACCAUAUCAGCACCCAAAGCUAUCUGAGUCAGCCAUUAACCCCCGCCACCCCAUCUCGGUACUCUCCUAUCUCAAAAGGCAUGCUGGGAGAUGAUGAGAUCACAAGGGAGCCUAGGAAAAUAGUCCUGCAUCGGGGCACCACAGGACUAGGCUUCAACAUUGUAGGAGGAGAGGAUGGAGAGGGAAUCUUCAUCUCAUUCAUAUUAGCAGGAGGACCUGCAGACCUGUGUGGAGAAUUAAGGAAAGGAGACCGUAUCAUCUCUGUAAAUGGGGUGGACCUCCACAGUGCAACGCAUGAACAGGCAGCUGCAGCACUUAAGAAUGCUGGACAGACUGUCACCAUCGUGGCUCAGUACAGACCUGAAGAGUACAGUCGAUUUGAAGCCAAAAUCCAUGAUCUACGGGAGCAGAUGAUGAACAGUAGUAUUAGUUCAGGCUCUGGCUCAUUGCGGACUAGUCAGAAGAGGACCCUGUAUGUCAGGGCCCUGUUUGAUUAUGACAUAACGAAAGACUCCGGCCUGCCCAGUCAGGGGCUGAACUUCCGCUUCGGCGACAUCCUACAUGUCCUGAAUGCUUCGGAUGAGGAGUGGUGGCAAGCGCGGCAUAUGACUCCAGAUGGCGAGAUGGAGGAGAUGGGCGUCAUUCCCAGCAAGAAGAGGGUGGAGAGAAAAGAAAGAGCCAGGUUAAAGACGGUUAAAUUCAACUCCAAGUCUCGAGACAAAGGGCAGUCACUCAAUGACAAGCGUAAAAAGAACCUCUUUUCGCGAAAAUUCCCUUUCUACAAGAACAAGGACCCCAGCGAACAAGAAACAAGCGAUGUGGAGCAGCAUGUAACUUCUAAUGCCAGCGAUAGUGAAAGUAGUUACCGUGGACAGGAAGAGUAUGUCCUCUCAUAUGAGACAAUCACGCAACAGGAAGUGAGUUAUGCUCGUCCAGUGAUUGUCCUUGGACCCAUGAAAGACCGGAUCAAUGAUGAUCUAAUCUCUGAGUUUCCGGACAAGUUUGGAUCAUGUGUUCCCCACACGACUAGACCAAAGCGAGACUACGAGGUUGAUGGAAGAGACUACCAUUUUGUUAUUUCACGGGAACAAAUGGAAAAAGACAUUCAGGAUCACAAGUUCAUCGAGGCAGGCCAAUAUAACAACCACCUCUACGGGACAAGCGUGCAGUCAGUGCGAGAGGUUGCAGAAAAGGGCAAGCACUGCAUCCUGGAUGUCUCCGGCAAUGCCAUCAAACGACUCCAGUUAGCACAGCUCUACACCAUUGCGGUGUUUGUGAAACCCAAAUCAGUGGAGAAUAUUUUAGAGAUGAAUAAGAGAUUGAUGGAGGAGCAAGGCAGGAAGACUUAUGACAGAGCCAUGAAACUGGAGCAGGAAUUCCUAGAGCACUUCACCGCCAUUGUGCAAGGGGACACAUUAGAAGAGAUCUACAACCAGGUUAAGCAGGUCAUCGAGGAGCAGUCUGGGCCGUUCAUCUGGGUUCCAGUCAAAGAGAAAUUGUGAGACGACUGGAGACAAAUAAACCUUAUUCUUCUUUAAACGUUUUUUUUUUUUGUUGGUUUUUUUUUG